AUGACGAAGAGUCUGGCGCUGCUGUUGGCGGCAUCUGCUGGCGUGGCUGCCCAGGCUGCAGUCGACGUCCACAUCUCUGCCCGCGCCAUCAACAAUGCCCCGGACGGCUACGUACCAACCAGCGUCAACUGCCCCAGCGACCGCCCGUCCAUUCGCAAUGGCACCAAGUUGUCCGACGAAGAGAAGGAAUGGGUCGUCCAGCGUCGGAACGAGACCAUUGAGCCGAUGCGCGAGCUGCUCCAACGAAUCAGCAUCCCCGACUUUGACGCCGAGGAGUACCUCAAGGACGCGGAGAACAACAAUACAAAGGUGCCGAACAUUGGGCUGGCCUUUUCUGGAGGAGGCUACCGUGCCAUGCUGAGCGGCGCUGGCGCCCUGGCAGCACUCGACAGCCGCUCAGUAGGCUCGGACGCAGGAGGCAACUUGGGAGGUCUUUUGCAGAGUUCGACAUACAUUUCGGGCCUGUCCGGCGGUGGCUGGCUUGUGGGCAGCAUCUACGUCAACAACUUCACCACUGUGGCGGACAGCGUCGCCUCGGGCAACAUCUGGCAGUUUCAGGAUUCGAUUCUCGAAGGCCCCGAACAGUACGCGCUCCUCGACUAUUACACCUCCAUUCUCGACGCGUGUGAAAAGAAGGCCGCAGCUGGGUACGAGCGCUCGAUCACUGACUACUGGGGACGCAUGCUGUCGUACCAGCUGAUCAAUGCCACGGAUGGAGGACCCGGCUAUACUUUCUCCUCGAUCGCUGACGAUGACGAUUUCAAAAACCACAAGGCGCCUUUCCCGUUUCUCAUAGCAGUAGGCCGCCGCCCAGACGAGAAGGUCAUCCCCAUCAACUCGACGGUGUACGAAUUCUCGCCCUGGGAGCUCGGCUCAUCGGACAACACCGUCCACGGGUUUGCGCCGCUGCGCUGGGUAGGAUCCAACUUCACCGACGGCGAGGUGUCCGAUGACGGCGAUUGCGUGAAUGGCUUUGACAAUGCUGGCUUUGUCAUGGGUACUUCGAGCAGUCUGUUUAACCAGAUUGUCCUGUACUUGAAUGACCCCGAGAGCGGGUAUCUGCCGGAGUCGGUGCCGGACAUUGCAGUGGACGCCAUCACGUCCGUCCUGGAAGCCGUCGGCAGCGAUAACGAUGACAUUGCAGACUGGACACCCAACCCCUUCAAGGGCUGGAACCCCGACGAGAACUACAACGCCGACGAGGAUCGCCUGACACUGGUUGACGGUGGCGAGGACCUGCAGAAUGUCCCUUACCAUCCUCACCUUCUCAUUGAGCGCGAGGUCGACGUCGUCUUCUCGUUCGACAACUCAGCCGACACCGAGUUUCAAUGGCCUGACGGUGCCUCGGCGAUUGCCACCUACGAGCGCUCCCUAACCAACAUUUCCGAGGGCACCGGAUUUCCCGCCAUCCCCGACAAGAACACGUUUAUCAACAAAGGCCUGAACAGCCGCCCCGUCUUCUUUGGCUGCGACGCCUCCAACACCACCGACCCGACGCCACUAAUCGUCUACAUCCCCAACUACCCCUAUGUUUUCCAGUCCAACACCACCACCUUCAAGCCCAGCUACAACGAAUCCGAGCGUGAUGCCAUGAUUGAGAACGGCUGGGCCAUUGCCACCCAGCUAAACAGCACCCGCGACCGCGACUGGCCUGUCUGCGUCGGCUGCGCCAUGCUGUCCCGCAGCUUCGACCGCACCAACACGACCGUGCCGGACGCUUGCCAGACUUGUUUCGACCGCUACUGCUGGGACGGCACGCUGGACACAAGCACGCCGGAGACCUACCAGCCCGACUACUACGGCACGGCGCUGGACAUUGAGAGCGGCGCGCUGAGGAGGGUUGCUGCUGGUGCUUCUACCGUUCUGGGGGCAGGCAUGGUUGCGCUGAUGAUGAUCUGA